AUGCCUGAAUAGAUGAAAAAUGCUCAUUGGUGGAGAUGGGUAGUUGCUGUAUCCUUUACAAAACACCGUGUAGUAGUAGUGCUUUCCACAUGUCUAAUAGAAAAUGAUGAAGCAACCAAACAUUUUGCUUACAGGGACGCCAGGAGUUGGGAAGACCACCCUGGGUAAGGAGUUGGCAGAAAGGACAGGACUGACCUACAUUAAUGUAGGAGACCUAGCAAAAGAAGGUGAGCUGUAUGAAGGGUACGAUGAAGAGUAUCAGUGCCCAAUUUUGGAUGAAGAUCGGGUAGUUGAUGAGCUGGAAGACAAAAUGACAGAUGGAGGAGUUAUUGUAGAUUAUCACGGCUGUGAUUUCUUUCCAGAACGAUGGUUUCAUAUAGUCUUUGUGCUUCGUACCGAUAACUCCAUUCUUUAUGAUAGGUUGGAACGCAGAAGACCUGUCAGAAGGCGACAGUAUCUGUUUUCUGGCUGUGAGUAUUUAAUAUCUGCACACAAGGCCAGAGGCUAUAAAGGAAAAAAGCUUCAAGGCAACCUUGACUGUGAGAUUUUUCAGACCAUCUAUGAAGAGGCCAUGGAAUCAUACAAGAAAGAAAUAGUUCAUCAGCUACCCAGUAAUGAUCCAGACGACCUUGAACAAAAUUUAGAUCAGAUCAUUCAGUGGAUUCAGCAAUGGAUGGUGGACAAUAACUAAACAUAUGCUUAAACAAACUUUAUAGCCAUUGCACAUUUUUUUGCAGAAUUCCAGAAGUUUUAUUUCUAAGCUCUUGGUGCAGAAUAAAAUGUCUAAAGAAGAAAAAAAUAAUUUUUAUUUGAA